AUGCCCGAGAACCUCAAGGUUUCCUUCCUCACUCGGACUUCAGCCUUUACCGACCUUCUUUGGCCCGGACUCCAAUCCGUACCCCAGCCCGGCCUGAACGGCAGAACCGGUAAUGUCUUCAUUGCCAAACAGGUCGGAGGUGGUGCGUCGGUGAAUGCCAUGAUGAACAUGCGCGGCUCGGCCGAAGAUUACGAUCGCUGGGCUAGCCUUUUCGGAUCCGAGGCCCAGCAGGGAACUGCCAACUGGAGCUGGGAUGGCAUCUUGCCGUUCUUCAAGAAGGGCCUUCACUUCACUGAGCCACCUCCUGAGCUGACCGAUAACUUCGACAGUGUCAAGUAUGACGCCUCCUACUGGGGAGACUCAUCGGAGAUCUACGCAGGAUGGCCCCGAUUCUACUACCCCGGUGUCAAGCCCCUAGUUGAAGCUUUCAAAGAGAUCGACGGGGUGGAGUUCCCGGCUGACAGUGGUGCCGGCAAGCCCGGUGUCUUCUGGUUCCCCACGCUCAUGGAUCCCCGUACCGUCACCCGCUCCUACGCUGGCACCGGUCACUAUCUCAACGUCAAUGCCACUCGCCCAAACUACCACCUUUUGCUCAACACUCAGGCCCGCAAGUUGAUUCUUGAUGACAAGCUCUGUGCUACAGGUGUUGAGUUCCCAUUGGGAAACAACAGCUUCGUCACUGUCACUGCAAAGAAGGAGGUCCUCCUCGCUGCUGGCGCCAUCCACACUCCCCAACUCCUGCAGCUUAGCGGCAUUGGACCCAAGAGCCUUCUAGAAGCUGGGGGCAUUGAUGUUCUUGUCGACCUCCCCGGCGUCGGCCAGAACUUCCAAGACCACAGCAGUCUCUCUACAAUGAACAUUACUCGCCCCUAUUCUAUUGCACUGACUAACUUGGCCGGCUGGCUCCCUUUCACCGCCGUGUCCGACCGGGCUGAGGAGCUCGCUACCAAGUUGGAGCAACAGGACUUCGCUAGUCUCCUGCCGACGGAUGCCGCGUCCACAGUUGUCGCCGGCUUCGAAGCGCAGAUGAAGAUCCUGGCCGCACAAAUGCGCUCCAAGGACACGGCAUUCACUCGCAUGCAGCUCAUCGCAAACCAGGGAUCUCAGGGCCCCGUCGCGAUGCAGUCCUUCAGCCGUGGCACCAUCAACAUCAAUACGAGCGACCCGUGGAAUACUGAGCCCGUGAUUGACUACCGCGCCCUAUCUAACCCUAUCGAAGCCGAUUUCUUUGUCGAGUCGAUCAAGUUCCUCCGCCGCUACAACUUCAACACCUCCCUGGCCACCGAGUUUGACCCGGUUGAGUAUGCACCCGGUCCUGAUGUCACCUCGGACGAGGAUCUCAAGGCUUACAUUGCCGGCGCCAUGUCACCGACUGAUUACCACCCCGUCGGUACCGCGUCUAUGAUGCCACUUAACCUGGGCGGUGUUGUCGACCAGACAUUGCGGGUAUACGGAGUGAAGAACCUGAGAGUCGUUGAUGCCAGUGUCAUGCCCAUGGUUCCCAGCGCCAACACCUGUCAGCCUACUUAUGCUCUUGCGGAGAAGGCAGCGGAAAUCAUCAAGCAGGGCGUCUGA